AUGACCGUCAAGCGGUUCCUCAUCUGCUCCGAAAACGACACUUCGUGGGGGCAGAACAGCAGCAGCCUACGGUUCGGCCACUUCAACCCGGCCAAGCCGUACGCGCCGCAAAUCGUCACCGGCACCUUCGCGGUCCCCUUCGACUUGGACGACAGCUUCUGGAUCAGCGCCAGAAUUGCCAAGCGUGCCAACAACCAGUGGAAGAAGAACUACUUCGUGUUGAACCGCUUCCCCGUGGGUUUUUGCUCCACGGCAAGAUCGAACAUCCCCGACUGCUUCGCCAAACUGUUCAAGCCCAAGAGCAUGACUGGGCACUGCAGCAUUCCCAAGGGUGCGUACAACUUAGACCACGAGUCUAUCCACUGGUGCCUGGCCAACUAUCCAACGAUGCCCUACGGAAGCUACUUGAUGAGUCUCACGGGGCAGCAGCUUGUCAACGGCGUCGCCGGCAACACGUUCCAGCUCUGCACCGAAUUCGACAUGACGCCGCAGCCCUAG